AAUGAAACUCAGACUGUCUCUCUCUCAGUGUGUUAAUGCAGGAAAAUGGCAGAGGCCAGUAUUUCAGUAGACCAGGAUCAGUUCAUCUGUCCAGUGUGUCUGGAUCUCCUGAAGGAUCCGGUGGCUAUCCCCUGUGGUCACAGUUUCUGUAAGGUGUGUAUUAAUGACUGCUGGGAUCAGGAGGAUCAGAAGGGCAUCCACAGCUGUCCUCAGUGCAGAGACACUUUCACUCCAAGGCCUGUUCUACGCAGAAACAACAUGCUGGCUGAAGUGGUGGAGAAACUGAAGAAGAAGACUGAAGUUCAAUCUGCUUCUCCUGCUUACUGUGUCGCUGGACCUGGAGAUUCCUGUCUGACGUCUCUGUCGUAUCUGAUGUGGAUGAUCAUUUUCAUAUGUCUGGGCUAUUUUAUGUCUUCUGCCUUUAUCUCCAAAGCUCUGCAAAACUAUGGAUUAAAAGAUUUAAAAAUGGACAAGAUAGACAAAGCACCUGAAAAGAUGUGCUCAGAGCAUGAUAGAGUGCUGGAGGUCUACUGCCGCACUGAUCAAAGUUUUAUCUGUUUUCUGUGUACGAUGGAUAAACACAAAGGUCAUGAGAUGGUUUCUGUCAUAUCAGAAAGAGCAGAAAGACAGAGUGAGUUAAUGGAGGAGCAGAUGAAAUCCCAGCAGAGAAUCCAGGAGAAGCAGAAGAAGGUGCAGGAGCUGAAACAGGCUGUGAACACUAUAAAGUUGAGUGCACAGACAGCAGUGGAGGACAGUGAGAUGAUCUUUACUGAGCUGAUCAGCUUCAUGGAGAAAAAGCGCUCGGAGGUGACGGAGCUGAUCAGAGCUCAGGAGAAGACUGAACUGAGUCGAGCUGAACGUCUCCUGGAGCAACUGGAGCAGAAGAUUGCUGAUCUUCAGAGGAGACUCACUGAGCUGGAGCAGCUUUCACACACACACGAUCACAUCCAGUUCCUCCAGGCUUUAGCUUCUGGACGUCAGUCUUCUAAAAAAGAUAGACAAGACAUUCAGACAUCCAGCAUCAGUGUCCAUCAACAUCUCUCAUUUGAUGGAGUGAGAAAUUCUCUCUCAGUUCUGAAGAAGAGACUCAAGAAAGUCUGUGAGGAGGAAUUCAACAAAAUCCCUCCACAUGCUGCAGCAGUUCAGAUCUUUUCGCUACCAGAGAAACAGAGCAGAAAAGAGUUUCUGAAAUAUUUCUGUUAUCUGACUCUGGAUCCCAACACGACACAUCGUAGCUUCAUUCUGUCUGAGAAGAACAGAGCGGUGAGAUACAGUGAGAGGGAGCAACAGGACUCUGAUCAUCCAGAGAGAUUUGACCCCUGGUGUCAGGUGUUGUGUAAGGAGAGUGUGUGUAGACCCUGUUACUGGGAGGUGGAGUGGAGCGGUGGUGUGUCCAUAUCAGUCUCUUAUAAAAACAUCAGCAGGAAAGGACGGGGUAAAGAGUGUGGGUUUGGAUGCAACAAUCAGUCCUGGAGUCUGCGGUGUUCUUCUUCUUCUCUCUCUUUCCAUUAUAACAACAUUAGGACUGAUCUCGGAGCUCCAUCAUCCUCCAGAAUAGGAGUGUAUGUGGAUCACAGUGCAGGAACUCUGUCCUUCUACAGCGUCUCUGACACGAUGAAGCUCCUCCACAGAGUCCGCACCACAUUCACUCAGCCUCUGUACGCUGGGUUUGGGUUCUACAGGUGGCCUGACUCUACUGUGAGAUUGUGUGAUCCAGAAUAAAGUGUUUAGUGUAAAAUUCCUGCACAUUGUCACAUUGUUGCUCAGUCAUCUGUCUCACUAACACACAAUCCAGCUGCACAAACAGCUCAGUAAUUUAGAAACAAUUAAAAAGUAAAUAUUAACACUGAAUAUAGUUAAAUUGAAAAUAAACAGAUGUAUUAUUAAAUGUAUUAAAUAUUAAUACAUGAUAUUAAAUAUUAUUAUAAAGUUGUAUCUGUGUAAAAAGCCUUGGUGAAAUUCGGCACAUCAGACGUCACUUAAGAAUAAUUCUAUAUUUACAUUAUUGAAAGUACAUGUACGUGCAUGUUAUUCACAAGUUCUGACGCGUGUCUUUUUGUUACACAGUGUCACUCACGACUCCAGACGUUUCAUUGAUUUCUUUGUCUCUUGUUUUAUUUUCAACAUCAAAGUACAACGGCUGUUGCAGUUUCUUGCACAAAUCCACUGUAGUCACGACGAGUCGUUUGCUGUGUUCUGUAGCUUCAAUAGAUUACAGUUACAACAACUCAUUUUACUGUAUUCCUUUUAGCUUACAGUCUCACGGUCAAUAGCUUGUGUUCUCCACACCUUUCUGUAUCCUUCCGUGUCUCAACAACAACUGAACAACUAAUGUGCGUGAUAGACAUGCAGCUACACAACUGUGGGAUGAUGUCACAGAACAACUCAUGAAAUGAUGUCUCAAUACAAAUUACAGGUAUGAUGCUUAAUGCUUAAUGCUUAACUAAUAUACUGAAAUAAAAUAAACACAACAACUAAUCACAAGAAUGAAAUAUGGCCCUUACAUUUUCAGCCCCUAAUUGACAGGCAGGGAGGCUGACAAUGCACACAUUUUUUUUUUUUUUUUUUACAAUAGGGCCACAAAAUUUACUAUUAGAUUAAAAUUUGAAUUAACUUUCUUAACACUUUAAACAUUUGUUAACAGUUUAACUUAAGGUAUUCAUAUCGUUGCGUACCAAAUGAAAGGAACAUAACUACUUUAUAAGGUAAUUAACAGUCUAUUUCACAU